GACGAACUUAAAUUGUGAAAAAUGCGUUUUGCGUAUUUUCUCCACUUAUUUGUAUACGUAAAAUCCACGGAACUACAAUUUUGUGAGACGGGACAGUCGGAGGAAUGCGGGAACGAUAAGGGUCCGAAUUCCCGGUGGUCCAAGGAAUGGUCGGAAUAUAAAAGUCUGAUUAAAAAUGCUGCGGAAACCUAUGUGGAAUGCGGGCACACAUCUUCAGGGUGUUCUUAUUGUUACGAUGAAACCAUUAAAAAGGAUCUUUCACCUUUUGCAGAUGGGAUUAGCAAAGAAACUCUGGACAGCGCAAAAACUAUCUCCAGAAUUACGAAAUAUCAGAUAAUUGACGGUCAACUUUUCCGCUCAAAGAAUUGCAUGUUCCCUUUCAGGUGCAGCGGAAUUGAACAUUUUUUAUUAGAACUUGUAAAGGACCUGCCGAAUACUGAGUUCUACUUGAACACCCGGGACUGGCCGAUGGCCGGGAGACAUUUUGGCUCGGCCGUUCCUGUGUUUAGUUUCAGCAAAACUAAAGACUACUGGGAUGUAAUGUUUCCAGCCUGGACUUUCUGGGAGGGAGGACCGGCCUUGGGAAUUUACCCGAAUGGUUUGGGUCGGUGGGAUGAAUAUAGAAAGACGCUGAGCUCAGCAGCUGCAGACAAUCCAUGGUCUAGGAAAGAAUCUAAGGUUUUUUUUCGUGGUUCUAGAACUAGUGCGGAAAGGGACCCUUUAGUUUUGAUCUCAAGGAAAAAUGGAAAGCUUGUUGAUGCCAAGUAUACAAAAAAUCAAGCCUGGAAAUCCAGCAAAGACACACUAGGAGAAGAGCCUGCUGAAGAGGUGAAGCUGGAGGAGCAUUGCAGGUUUAAGUAUUUGUUCAAUUACCGAGGGGUAGCUGCUAGCUUUAGAUUUAAGCAUCUUUUUCUCUGCCGAAGUCUAGUUUUUCAUGUCGGAGAUGAAUGGUUGGAGUUCUUUUAUCCAUCCCUUGUUCCCUGGUUCCAUUAUAUUCCUGUUCCCAGCACAGCUGAUCAACAGAUGAUCCAGUCCAUCAUAAAUUUCGCAAUCCAUCAUGAUGGAAUAAUGCGGGAAAUUAGUGAAAAUGGCGCCAACUUCAUAGAAAAUCAUUUGACGCUCAACGACAUUUCUUGUUACUGGAAAACACUGCUCCUUGAAUAUACAAAGUUGCUCAGUUUUCCAAUAUCUAGGGAUCAAACAUUGAUUAGAAUUCAUUGAUUGAUUGAUUUGUUGAUAAACGCAUUGUUUCAGA